CUUGGGACCUACCAACAGUCAAAAUGUCCGAAAAGCCUCUCAUUCUCUGGGUGCUGAUUGAGCUCGGGCGGCUUUAUCUGACUUCAGCUUCAGAGAUUGUCAUGACAGCGACUUUGGGUCAGACUGCGACGUUGCCCUGUAUGCACUCCUUCUGGUCUGAGAGCAGCAACAGCAUGUGCUGGGGCAAAGGCCAGUGUCCCAACUCCAAAUGCAAUGAGGAGCUCCUCCACACCGACGGGGGGAGUGUGCUCUCGAGGAAGUCGUCAAAAUACGAACUCCUGGGGAAUAUCAAGAGAGGCGAUGUGUCCUUGACCAUCUUCAACACCAAUGAAGGUGACAGCGGUGUGUACUGCUGCCGCAUAGAGGUGCCUGGCUGGUUCAACGAUGUGAAGAAGAACAUUCGUCUGCUGCUGAGGAGAGCCCCAACAACCACGCAGUCAGCAACAACCCGUCAUCCAACCACCACCACUGCUGUGACGACAACCACAGCGGUGCUUCCAACAACAGUCAUGACGACACCUGCCCUCACAACCAGAACACCACUUGAGACAAAAACCACCACUGCCCUCACAACAACGGCAACCACAUGCCCUCUGACAACACUGAGCUCCCUUCCUGAGGCAACCACAAUGCUUCCAACCAUUGAACCUCCCACAGAGGGGCCUACCCUCCCUUCAGAAUCAGAAACUUUCCCUCCCUCCAGUGACUCCCAGAGAAUCACCGAGGUGACUUCUGGAGACAUUGCCUUACUCACAUCCAAAGCACCUGAGACAGCAAUUACUGGGCAAGAUGAAGUUGAAUCAGAACAGAUAAAAAUGGCUGAGAACUUCGACCUGCUGAUGAUCAUUGCUCCCUCCCUGGGAUUUGUGCUGUUGGUCUUGCUUGUGGCGUUUUUCAUUCGAGGGAAAGUCAUGAAAACCAAUUGUUUCCAGAAACACACAAGGUUAGACAACGCUGGAGAAAGUAAAAAUGUCCUUGAUGACAUGCAGCAUGGAAGAGAGGAUGAAGACGGUCUUUUCACACUCUAACAUGCCACUUUUCCUUAGGAUUGAGGAUUGGGACAUGAUGUGUGAUUUUUUUCAAAAGAAGUCUUAGAAUGUUUUGAUUUUUUUUUUUUAAAGCCCCAUCUAUGCCAUUGUUGUCAUUGGUCCGGUGCUUUCACAAAUGAAAGGUACUUUAGAGACCACACCUUCUCUGCCCCAUGUUUUACUCUCCUCUGUAGCAUCACUGCUAAGUGAUCUUCCACACCAUGCUUGAACACUUUCAGUGAUGGUGAGCUCACUACCACACUCAAGGAAGUCCAUUCAAUCUCAGGGCAGUUUCGAGACUAGAAAUAUUUAAAACAAAGUCUAUCUCCAGAUAGCAUCUGCCUAUGGGUCCUAGUUGAACUCCUCAUGCUUACGCAAAAUG